GUGACGGUUGCGUUGUCGUCGACCUCUGGACACUCACCACGAUGAGCGGCAGGUACCACGAUCCGUCCGAGUCGGCGCAUCCGUACAGCGACCCGACUCCCCUCCCCGGCAAUGUACCCAAGGUCCAGGAGCUUGGUGCCUCUAGCGCGCCGCUGAAGAGCGCGGCCUUCUUCCUCGGGGCCCACUGCAAGGAUUACAAUGAGGAUUUCAUGCUCUGCAAGGCAGAGAACCGUGACCCGGAGCACUGCCUGAAGGAGGGGCGGAGAGUGACGAGAUGUGCCAUCGACCUCAUCUCGAAGAUGCGUGACAGCUGUGCUACGGAAUUCGAGCAGCACUGGAAUUGUCUGGAGAAGCACAACCAGGAAUACUACCAUUGCCGGAAACCGGAGCGCACUCUCAAUCAAUGCAUGUUCGAGAAGUUUGGCCUUGUCAAGACUAUCCCGGGCACGGAGGGAAAGACGCCCAUACAUGAAGUCCGCAACCCGGUAUUCACCACUAUACAGAAGUAGCCUGCCUGCUCGAAUGAAUUUUGAUGUGCUAGACGUGUCUGCCCAUCCUUCUGGUGCUGUAUUGACAAACAGAGUUCAACUGAGCAAUACUAUCUCAUCGAGCCACGA